ACUAUGACGCAUUUACUUGUCAGUCACGACCACUCCUUAAUGCUGAUUGGCUGGUGGUUGGCAGUGUAUGGCAGCGCUCUAUCUAUACGGAGUGAACGUGUCACACAGGGCGGGGCCGCUAUCGCUACGGUAACAUUACAGCCACAUAUCACCACUAUCCUCCGCUCUACACCGGCGGCUCCCGGAGUGACGCUCUAUUUAUAAACUCCACACGGUCCCCGCCGCUUCUACUGGCUGAAGGCGCCUAUACCCGCCCUGCUGAUUGGCUGAUCUCCCUGUUCGUUAUCUGCCUGUUUUUCUUAGUCCCGCCUCUAGGCCAGCUGCGGCUGAGGGAGCGUUUCCGUCCUUCUCAUUGGAUCAUCUUCAGGAGGUGGCUCCGCCCCUGGUCGCAACGUGUUUUUUCAUUGGCUGAUAGGACCGGCUAGCGUUUUAUCGUCACUUGUGAUUGGCUCUCCAGUCAGUCUGUCAGUGCCCUCGCUGAGGGGGAGCGGCCCGUCUCUGGAGGUUUCUGCAGUUUCUAACGGUGGCGGCCGAGUGUGAGGAUCCGUGAUUUACCGCUGACUGUCCGCGAGACGGAGCGAGGCCGCCGGUGUCUCAGGAAACCUGCAAGAGAGUGAACACAAGGACGACUCCUGCAAGGAAGACCCAAAAAUAGAGAAUGGCAGAUCUGGAACUUGUGGAUGCCCUGACCGAUGCCCCACCAGAAAUUGAGCCAGAGAUCAAGCGUGACUUUAUCAGCUCUCUAGAGGCGGAGCCUUAUGAUGAUGUCAUAGGGGAAAGAUUCGACAAAACGGACUAUGUUCCGCUGUUGGAUGAUGACGAAGCCAAUGGACCUGGCAACAGUCAGUCAUCUGAAGGUAGCCAUCCCUCAGUCCUGGAGAAUGGUGAACACAACACAGGAGAUGUCAAAGUUUCAGAUCCGUUCGGAUCAACUCUCGAUGAAGACGUCUUGGCGGAUCAUCUCCUCCCUCCACAAGUACAGAUUUGUCCUGCCUUCACAGCGCAGCUUCCCGAGCACUUUGAUGACGGAUGGAUAAGUGAUUCCUACUCUAAAUCUGUGGACACUGAAACACGGAGCGCAGAUGCCUCGGAGAAAGCAACAGAACUCGCCUUUGAUGAGGGAUGGAUGACCGAUUCUUGCUCUAAAUCUGGAGCCACCGACACGCAGAGUGCAGACGCCUCAGAGAAAACAACCGCCACUUUUGGAGAAACUCCAAGCGAUGAUUCCACAAAUACGCCAUUUCAAGUUUCCCAGAGCGAUUCUACGUCAAAUAUAUGGCAACCAACAGCAGCGGAGCAGUUUGCGCUUGGUUCCAACAAUGGACAAGAAAAUGAAGAAAACCAGCUAAAACCUGAUGAGUCUUCAUUUGAUGCCUCUUUUUCCAAAGAAAGUCAACUUCUCCCUGGAUUGGGAGGUCCUUACCCCGUACAACCUGACAGGGAAGAACCUGAUCGCUACAAUCAUGAUUUGACUUCUUUAACCUCUACCUCCUUCGAGAACCCCGAAUUAGCUACUGAAAAUUAUGCGGGUGGAAGUCUCGACAACUCCUCUGUUGCCGAACGUAGUCAGGACGAAACGGCCUGCAUUUAUCAGUCUGUGGAAAGUGAACAACUACAAAAAGAUUUUGAUACAGAGCAGGUGAUUCCCACUUCUCAGACCAGCAUUGAGCCCCCUCAAUCCCCUGGAGCUCCAGUUUCUACAGAACCACCACUUUCGCCUUUUGAAUUGAUUCAGGAAGAUUCCAUUUUGUCCUCUGUGAACCAGUUUCCUGUAGAGAUCCAGGCAGAAACUUUUAGUGCAUUGGUCCAGGAAGAAGAAAGUCCUGUCUCCUUAGCUGCUUUAGACCAGAAAACAGAGUCUCCAGCCUCCCCUGCUAAGUUGGUCCAGGAAGAAGAGGUUCCAGCUUCCCCUGUUGCACAGGUUCAGCAACCAGAGGUUCCAGCUGCCCUUGAUUCUUUAGUUACGGAACUUGAGGUUCCAGCUUCCCAUGUUGCUUUGGUUGAGGAAGCGAAGGAUCCAGCCUCCCUUGUAAAAGUAGUCCAGGAAGCAGAGCCUGCUGCUUUCAUUGAUGAAGUAGAGGUUCCUGCAUCCCCUGCUUCAUUGGUUCAGGAAGCAGAGGCUCCAGCCUCUCCCAUUGCUUUGAUCCAGGAAGCAGAGGCUCCAGCCUCCCCUAUUGAUCUGAUCCAGGAAGGAGAAGCUUCAGCCUCCCCCAUUGAUCUGAUCCAGGAAGCCAAGUUUGCAGCUUCCCCCAUUGAUUUGAUCCAGGAAGCAGGGGCUUCAGCCUCCCCCAUUGAUUUGAUCCAGGAAGCAGGGGCUUCAGCCUCCCCCAUUGAUCUGAUCCAGGAAGCAGAGGCUUCAGCCUCCCCCAUUGAUUUGAUCCAGGAAGCCAAGUUUGCAGCUUCCCCCAUUGAUCUGAUCCAGGAAGCAGACACUUCAGCCUCCCACAUUGAUUUGAUCCAGGAAGCAGGGGCUUCAGCCCCCCCCAUCGAUUUGAUCCAGGAAGCAGAGGCUUCAGCCUCCCCCAUUGAUUUGAUCCAGGAAGCAGAGGCUUCAGCCUCCUCUGUUGCUGUUCUUCAGGUAACAGACCUUCCAUCCACCCUUGAUGCAGUAGGCCAGGAAGCAGAUGCUGAGGCCUCCACUGUUGCUCUAGCUCAGGACAAAGAGGUUCCGGCCUCUUUUGAGACCAUAAACCAGGAAAUGGAGAAUCUUGUUCCGCAAAAAUCCUCUUUGACCUCACCUGCCCCCCUGAUCCCAGCAGAGGAAUUAACCUCCAUUGUUACAGUAGGAAUCCAACCACCUGAACAGCGGGAAACACCUCUUGGAGGAGAUGAUCUUCAGCUUCCUGAAGACCAAGGUAAAACAGAAGCAGCCGCCGCACCAGAAGAAGUUACAGCAGGAAGUGACAUCUCUGCUCCACCGACCAAGGAGCUCCCUGCAAGUCCUGAGAAGAAGGUGAAGGCUAUAGCAGCCACCCCAUCCAAAUCUGCUGCCACCCCUAAGAGCAAACCCCUUGCUGCUGCCAGCCCCAGGAAACCGCUUUCUGCAACACCCACCCAGCCUAAGAAGCCCAGCACCCCGGCUCCAGCCACCCUCAACACCACCACCCCAAAGCGCCCCCUGGGGAGUGCAACGAAAACUACAACACCUAAAGACACAAAAGAGGCAAAGCCUAAGAGUCCAGUGAAGACCCCAGAAAGGAAGCCCCUGAUCUCUGCGACCACCCCUCGCUCUGCUGUGAAGGCCAGCCCAGCGGCUUCCAAACCAAUUACCUCUUCAGCUGCAAAUACUACAGGAACGUCUGCGCCCAAACCCAACCUCACCCCAAAACGACCAACUUCUCUGAAGAAUGACGUGAAGGCGACAGAAGUCAAGAAGACAAGUUCAGCAAAGUCCCCUACUGAUUUAAGUCGCCCCAAAUCUGUUCCAGCCGACCUAGCAAAGAGCAAUGGAGCUGCUCCAACCAGCCCCGGCCCAGCCCCCAGCCGCCCAAAGACAAGCAGACCAGCUGCUUCUAAACCUCUUACUGGUCCAAGUGCUACUUUAGAUGUCAAGAAACUGCCUGCUGCCCGCCCGGCCCCGCUAAGCCGAUCCAGCACAGCCCCGGCCAGUAAGCCUUCUAGUGCACUGGCUGCCAGCAAACCAUCUGCGGCCCCCAAACAGCCUCGUCCAGCAACAGCUCCAGACCUGAAGAACGUGCGCUCCAAGAUAGGAUCCACAGACAACCUGAAGCAUCAGCCUGGAGGAGGGAAGGUCCAGAUAGUCUCCAAAAAAGUCAACUACAGCCAUGUUCAGUCCAAGUGUGGCUCCAAGGACAAUAUUAAGCAUGUCCCAGGUGGUGGGAAUGUAACAAAUGCAGCCAAACCAUCCAUAGGCAGCAGCCGGCCGUCAGCACCUGCCAGCCACAAACCAGUGCAGAUCCUGAAUAAGAAGGUGGAUGUAUCCAAAGUGUCUGCCAAGUGUGGAUCAAAACCCAUCGCUAAAGCCCGGACAGUCUCUGUUGAUGCCAAAGCCAAUGAAUCCUCAAAAAAGACAGAAACUACAAAGCAGGAACCUCAAGAAAGCAUAAAGGAAAAUGGUGGAGAGCAGGUGACAGCGCCACAGAACGGGGACCUAGCAACACCCACAGACAACACUGCGGCGGUGGACACACGGGAAAAUGGCGUACAAGAGAUGCUUCCCGUAGAUGGCGGUGAUCAAAGGGAAACCCAGAGCUUCAAUACACUUAUACCAGAGACAAGCAUCUAAUGAUGAAUUUGUGGUGUCGUCUUCCAUCUCUCUCAUUGUCUGAUCUCCUCCCUGUUACAACUCCCAUCAUCUGUCCUCCCUACUUGUUCUCCACCCACCUUCGAAAUCGUCACACUGUUUCCCUGCAGAUUGAUGGAGUCGCUCCGGCCGCCGGCGAGAGAUGAUGGACCGCGGAGAAUACGUCUGCAACCCCUCCUCCUCCUUACCCCCCCCAAAUUCAAAAACUACCCCCUCCUCCACUGCUUCCCACCAUGAUCUUCAGCACUUACAUCCCCCUCCCCCGCUCUUACUAUCCAUAGCACAUCAGACCAGCAGGGGGCAUGUGACAUGGUGACAUCUCCUCCUCCCAGCACCGCUACAGCCGCCACGGCAUCCGCCACGACAGGUUCAUCUGCUGCUCACCUUCCACGCCAUCAGUUGCAUCUGCUCGACGCUGUAAGCCCUGGCCGCCUUUCCCCUGGUGUCUGGUUCCAGUGAUUGGUGGGGGCUGAUGGGCCUAACCUCCCUGUUCUGGGUUAUGGUACCUUUAUUAUUUUAGACUGUUUUUUUUUUUUUCUAAUGAAUUGAAAGAUUUUAUGAGUAACGUAUACUGUAACGCAGCUAGAUGGCUGCUGACCUCAUGGGAGGGGGGGGAGGGGCUGCUGGUUUUACGGAACGGCGUAUCACCCCCCGCCAGAGAUCGGGACGGGCGAACGCUUGGUGACAUCAUCGUCAUAACAAACCUGUGUUAUAAUUUAAUAUUAAUAAAUGUUAAGUAUAUAUAAAUGUACGUAUAUAUAUAUAUGACUCGCAAACCGUAGAAGCUGCGUGUCGCGACCGCUGGGGGGGGGGGGGGGGGGGGAGGAGCUUACCCGUACCCUCCGCUUCUAGGACGCUUGAUCCCAUUUCCUGCUCUUUCAUCGCUAGAAAACUCUUCACAUAUCGGGAGGUUGUGUUUUUUGUUUUUGUUUUUGUUUGUUUGUUUAUAUAUAUAUAUAUUUAAUAUUGUUGCAAGUUUGUAGAAUGAAAGUCGGUAGCAGAAAGUUGUCAGUACGUGAUGAUGGGUCGUCUUACCGGAAAAACUACUACGCAAAAGAUUGGUGGGGGCGGGGCUAGGUGGCCAGCGGUUACAGCGCCCCCCACCAUGUUGGAUUGUGAAUGUCACAUGACGGCCAUAUUGUUUUAGAGCUUAGGAAGCUUUAGACCAGUGGACUCAAACUGUGGCCCUCCAGAUGUUUCAA